GCACGCAAGUGGCUCCUCCUUCGUCCCUCUGGAGCCUCAGGCACUGUGCCGACCUGCGAAGGAUCGCCUCUCGCUCCGGGAACCCGCGACGGCCGCGGAGCGUCCAGGGUUAUUGUUCCGCUUCUGUCUCUUCCGGGCAGGUGGCCGCUGUGCGCGGGGCCCGCACGUGUCACUGCGGCGGCUGGAGCGCUGGGACCUGCGGACGCCGGCCGGGGCGUCCCCAGGCGUGCGACGGAAGAUGAAGUACCUGAAACCAUGGUGGUCCGAAGGCGGCGGCCUCUUGCAUCUCACCAUCCUGCUUAGCUUGGCAGGGCUCCACCUGGAUCUGGACCUAGAUCUCUACCUGCUGCUCCCGUCGCCCACCCUGCUCCGGGAUGAGCUACUGCUAGGGGACUGGCAGACGAAUCCCGCGUACGCGCCCAGCCCCUUCCCAGCCUCGGGAGGGUGGGGGCGCACGGACCACCUGCACCCCAAAGGCCGGGAGCCAGACCCCGUGGCAGAACCCGAGGGCCAGCUGUUCCGGGAGGUGCGCACGCUUGGGGUCCCUUUCAUCCCCCGCACCCACGUGGAUGCGUGGCUGGUGCACAGCGUGGAGGCCGGGGUCGCCGACGGGGCACACGGGCUGCUCAGCGCCGCCGCUGCAGCCGCCUCUUCGGCGGGAGGAGUCGGCACCAGCGCUGACGGCGGCAGCCAGGCUGCCCCGGGAGGUGGCGGGGAUCCCGGAGCAGCUCCGAGUAGCCCCUUGGAGGAGGAGGAGGCACCGGCGGAACCGACGGCUCAGGUGCCGGACGCCUGCGGACACGCGAGCGAGGACAAUGAGGUAUUAAGAGCUAUGGGUCCCAGUUCCCAGCAGGAGGAAAAUGAGCAAAGAGUAUCAUCAGCCCAGAAGGAAAAAUCACUUCAUCAGAAGAAUGAAGAUGAAAAUAAUAUAGCAGAUAAACCUGAGUGGGAGGCAGAAAAGACCACUGAGUCUAGAGAGGAGAGACAUCUAAAUGGAACUGACACAUCUUUCUCUCUCGAAGACUUACUUCAGUUGCUUUCCUCACAGUCUGAAAAUUCACUGGAGAGACAUCUAUAUGGGACUGACACAUCCUUCUCUCUCGAAGACUUACUCCAGUGGCUUUCCUCACAGCCUGAAAAUUUACUUGAGAGACAUCUAAAUGGGACUGGCCCAUCUUUCUCUCUGGAAGACUUACUUCAGUUGCUUUCCUCACAGUCUGAAAAUUCACUUGAGAGACAUCUAAAUGGGACUGGCACAUCUUUCUCUCUGGAAGACUUACUUCAGUUGCUUUCCUCACAGUCUGAAAAUUCACUUGAGGGCAUCUCACUGGGAGAUAUUCCUCCUCUUCCAGGAAGUAUCAAUGAUGGCAUGAAUUCUUCAGCACACUAUAAUGUAAAUAUUAGCCAGGCUAUAAGUCAUGAUGUAAAUCUCCGUGAGGCCAUGUUGCUGUGUCCUAACAACACAUUUAGAAGAGAUCUGGUAGAAAGGACUUCACAGCCACAAGAACCAUUUCUGCAAUUGAGUUCUUAUACCACCGGUCCUGAACAGACCCUUACCAGAGCUAAUCUGACAGGAUUUCUUCCACCUGUGGACCAUCAGAUAAGGAAUCUAACAAGCCAAGACCUUCUAUAUGACCUUAAUAUAAACAUGUUUGAUGAGAUAAGUUCAGUGUCUUUGGCUACAGAAAGUUUUGAUCCACUGGAAGUUUCUCACCUUUGCGAACAACCAGAUUCUGAUUCUGGGCUUUCCUUAAAUUCAAGACACAAUAGUACCUCUGUCACCAAGUCUAAUUCUAAUUCCUCUAUGUGUGAAGGUGCUAUAGGUUCUAGUAGUGACCUGGAAUCUCCUACCCACUGUGCUUUAGAAGGGGCUGUAGGAGGCUACUACCCGCAGCCCACUAAGAUUUGCCACAUGGAUCUUAGGGGUGAUUCUGGUUUUCACCGGGACCUUGCAUUUCAACACGUACUCCAUAACCACACUUACCACUUACAGCCAAAUGCACCAGAAUCCACUUCUGAAUCUUCUUUAUGGCCCAGGAAAUCACACAAAAUAAGUAGAUACCUCAAUGACACAGACAGACACUUAAGCCGAGAUGAACGCCGUGCUGAAGCUCUACACAUCCCUUUUUCUAUAGAUGAAAUUGUUCACAUGCCUGUUGAUUCUUUCAACAGCAUGCUAAGCAGGCACUACCUGACAGAUUUACAAAUGUCACUCAUCCGUGAUAUUAGACGAAGAGGAAAAAAUAAAGUUGCUGCUCAGAACUGCCGUAAGCGCAAACUGGACAUAAUUCUGAAUCUAGAAGAUGAUGUAUGUAACUUAAAAGCUAAGAAGGAAACCCUCAAGAGCGAGCGUGCCCAGUGUAACAGAGCUAUUAACAUAAUGAAACAAAAGCUGCAUGACCUUUAUCGUGAUAUUUUUAGUAGACUAAGAGAUGAUGAAGGUAGGCCAGUCAAUCCAAAUGAAUACGCUCUUCAAUGCAGCCACGACGGAAGUGUUUUGAUUAUACCCAAGGAACUGGUGACCUCACGCCACAGAAAGGAAACUCAUAAGGGAAAGAGAAAAAGUGAGAGAAGAAAUUAAAAACGGAUUCCAUUAAUAUGUAUAAAGUAAUGAUAUAUGGAUUACAAACCAUAGAAACUGCUUCAAGGUUUACCUCAAGUAUUAAUGUAUCUUUUAAGUACUGCUACUUGAAUCACUCAGUUAACUAUUAUUUUGAAGCUUAUAUGGACAAGUUUAGGACUUCAAGAUCAGACUUGUGGGAAAUCUGAAGAAAGCCCCACCUUUCCAUGAAGUCCUCCUGCAUUAUAUGCACAAUUUAUAAAUAUGUACAAAGAGUAGGGUGAUGUGAAAAUUUCAUGACUAUUCCAGUGACUUUGGUAUAGAUAUUUUUUUAGUAAGAUGGUCACUUCAAAAAUAGCAAACACUGGAUGUAAUUUUAAAACAUUUCUGACUUGAAAUGCAAAGUAGCCUUAAUGUUCUCAUUUAGUUUGUAAGCACUGUAGUGAGCUUUUCAAAAGCUAUUUUAAGUGUUGUGAAUACUUAAAUUAGAACUUUAUCUGUGGAGGUUUUAUACUUGAAUUUAUUUUUUAAAAAUUAACUUUCCCCUCAUACACAGAAAUUCUAAGCAAAUUUACCUUGGAUAUUUUUCCUCCAAAAUACAUCCAGGAACAGAGGUAAAUACCUAGUAAGUACAACAGCAUGUUGGUAGACCCAAUCCAAAUUGACAUCAGUGUAGUUCAUUAAACUGAUAGGGGGGAUCCACAUUUGGAUUUAAAUAGUGUAUUAAAAGGAAUUAUAAAUGGCCAAGCUCUAAACCAUGGUGUCAAAAACAAAAAAUGAAACUUUUGCAUUAGACUCUGCCUAGAUGGCUCAGUUCGAGUAUCAUCCUGUACAAUAAAGGGUUUUGGGUUCAAUCCCUGGUUGCUUCCCAAUCUGUAUUUCUUUCUCUCCCUUCGGUGAGGAUAAAAAAAAAAAAGUGCAUUAGGCUUUACUGGCUGAGAACAAAGACCUAAUGUCAUGGGGUUUAGAGAACAGAGGUGUGUAUAGAGAAACAGAACUGGGCAAUUAAAGGCAGCCUGCAGGGACGGCUUCAUCCAUAACAUUGGUGUCUCACAAAAACAUUGCAAGCCCUUACACGAACACAAACCAACAGUAGAGUCAACAGAAGAGCAUAGCCUCUACAAACCAAUGGACUGGAAAUACUAAAACCAUAUGAAACAUGAGAGAGAAAAAACAAGUGGACUUGAACUAACAAGAGUAGUGUUUUGAUGUCAGCUAUCUCUACCAUAAGAAUCAUUUGCCCAGUGAUGUACAAAUCACAAGUACCAGGUUGCAAAAAUGCAGUAUUUUGUAAGUGAAUUUUUAUAAUAAACUUCUCCAUUUUAAAUUGGGUCUAGACAUUUCUUUCAAGCCCUGUAUUUUGCCACAAUAAUGCUGCUUCAUACAUCCCCUCCCCUGACCAGUUUUGCACAAUUAUCACUUUAAAUGUUGAAAGGAGUGUAAUCAAUUGCUGGAUGUCUUAACCCUUGGUAUUAUUAAGACACUUUACCACAGAAAUUAUUUCAAGUCUACAAUACAAAAUUAUAUAGCAUUUGGCUUCAAAACUAUGAGGAAGCCUUAUUACUCAAAUACUAAUUGUCAGACUCCCCCAAAUCCCUGGAACU